AUGCCUCUUCAGUUUGGGACCCAACCAAGGAGGUUUCCAGCAGAAGGGGGAGAUUCUUCAGUUGGGCUGGAGCCUGGGCUGAGCUCCAGUGCUGCCUGUAAUGAGAAAGAGAUGUCACCAACCAGGCAACUCGGAAGAUGCCCUGGAAGUCAUGGCCUGACAAUAACUGAUGUUUCCAUCACUGUCUAUGCAACAAUGCGAGAGUCACCUGCACAAAGCAGCAAGGAAAUGCAUCCUAAAUAG